AUGGCUGAGAUCGACACUGGAGAGUUUUUUUGGUUGAAUACUGGAGACAAAAUGAAAAAUAAGAUAAUAUUUCAGUAUAUGGUAUACUGUUGUCAAAGUUUAAAUUUGACAGAAUGGUGGCUUUGCAACACUUCAGAUGAACUUGAACCUGGUCCAUUGUCCUUUGUUCCCAAGCUCUUACCAAUUGGUAUAUUGUUAAGAAGUUAUGACAAUAAAAGUGGUACCACAAAUUCAAUUGGACAAUACUGGGAAGAAGAUCUCUCUUGCUUGAGUUGGCUCGAUCAACAACCUCAUUGUUCUGUCAUGUAUGUUGCAUUUGGUAGUCUCACUUGUUUUGACCAAAACCAAUUCAAUGAACUAGCCAUUGGACUAGACCUCACCAAUAGACCUUUUCUUUGGGUUGUGAGAGAAGACAACAAGAUGGCAUACCCUGAUGAAUUCAGAGGGCAUAAUGGUAAGAUAGUUGAAUGGGCACCUCAACAAAAGGUGCUAAACCACCCUGCCAUAGCAUGUUUUAUUACCCACUGUGGUUGGAACUCUACCAUGGAAGGUUUGUCAAAUGGGGUCCCUUUCUUGUGUUGGCCAUAUUAUGGAGACCAAAUUCAAAACAAAACAUAUAUUUGUGAUGAGUUGAAGGCUGGGUUGGUAUUUGACAGAGAUCAAAAUGGACUCGUGUCAGGCAAGGAAAUAAAAUUGAAAGUGGAGCAACUCCUCAGUGAUGAGAACAUAAAAUCAAGGUCUCUUGAGUUGAAGGAGAAAGUGAUGAACAACAGUCGAUCAGUAGAGAACCUUAAUAGGUUUGUCAAGUGGCUUAAAGAGUAA